AUGGCUUCGCUUCCAUCUUACCAAGAUGCCAUCUCUCCCGACUGGCUGCCCCUAGUGGCUCCCUACAUCUCUCCCAAGGACUAUCCGGCCUUGUGCGGUGUAAAUCACCGGUACUGGGACGUUUUUGCCCCGCGCAUAUGGAGUCGUAUCCCACGCUCAGACAUUGUUACCGGUCUUGAUGAUGCAGAACAUGAUUUGGAUUGGUUGAUGAACUCUGUUUUCAACGGCGUCAGUCGGCUGAGAUCCGAGACGUUGAGCCUUGUUCGAGUCUUUGAUGCUCGCUCCAUCAGGGGCACAUAUUCUCUCAGCAUGGGUGUCAACCUCAAUACGAGCUUGAAGAAUGCAGUCAAGUUCUUACCAAACCUAAUCUGUAUUCUCAUCGAUGGCCAUGAAGAUCUUGACCCUUCUGAAUCCUUCGCAGAGGUUGGCCAUCGGAUUCAACUCCUCACCAUGGCCGGUUGCCCCGUGUCACUAUCAAACAAGUUCAUCAACACCCUUCGCGGAAUUGUCUAUCUAGAUCUAUCGUACACUUCGGGGUCACUCCGUCCCUUAUUCCAAGACGAUGUGCUCCCUGAACUACGUCUCCUGAAAAUCCAAGGCAAGGAGGUCGACGACACCACCGUCGAGAAUCUAACCGCUCGAUUCGGAACUCGUCUAUGGAGCUUGGACUUGAGUAACAACAAGCUAACAGACCAGGCGCUCGAUAGUAUCGGGGCUCAUUGUUUUCGACCAGCCGAUCCUCCCCCGGACGCCAACUUUGAUGUCGAGGGUAAGCUGGAAUUCGGAUGCACAAUCCCUGACUUUGGGACUUGGAUUCGCAUUGUUGAGUCUGAAUGGAGUGCCUCUUUCAGUCACCCAAACAGGCAUUUUGUCGACGCGCCGUUGUAUGAUCUUCACGAUACAUUGCCCCAAGAAUGUGCGUCUAAACGACUGGACGGGAAGUUCCCCGUCAAAUCAGAUGCGGCGGACGCCGUUUGCCGGGGCCUCCAAGGCGAGGACCCCUAUUUCCCGCCAGCGAGCUUUCAAGCGUUACCGGGGCUUACGCAUCUCAACGUCUCUGGCAACAGGGUCUCAGCCCUCGGCGUCAUGAAGCUGCUUACGCUGUGCCGUGGGCGCCUCGAGCAGUUUAGCUGCGACUCGAUGAUGCUUGUUCCGCCUCUGAAAGAAACUAUGGCCGCAGUGUGGUGGCCUAAGGCGGCUAAACUCUAUGGCUUUUAUGCUACACAUACACUACGACCCGUGCUGUCGUCCAACUUGCAGGUAGUCAAGCUACACCAUUCAGUAGUGACCCAAAUUCCCACAUUGGAACUUGAGGGAUUCUCUAGCAUGGCUUGUCUGCACAUAGCUGAGAAUAUCCUACUGCCGCGGGCUGAGAUGGCCUUCCCCGAGCCAUUUGUCCCUGAUAUGAACCCACGCAUCACCUCACUAACCCUUACACAUAUUCCGCGACGCUCGAGUGGCCCGCUGAUCAAUAGACUGAUUUCCUUCCUAAAACUUCUCUCUGCGCAGGAGCGUGCGCUUUUUGACCUGUCAUCUCGGCGGGGUCCCAGCGUCUUGGCCGGCCUCCGUCACUUCCGGCUCGAGUUCGAGCAGGAUGCUUACGAGGGUGACGCCUAUACUGCAGGAGAAAUAGAUGCUGAGGAACUGCUAAACUCGGGCGAUAAGGGGUUCAGUUUCUUUGAUGACGAGGCCAGCGGGCGCCCACGGCCCGUUCGAGAGCUAGCUACCUCUCCCCCUCACAAACGGGAUCAGACGGAGUUUUCCGUUUCUCAAAGGGAGCAGGACCUGGAGACUGACUACCUGGAUAUAGACGUCUGGGUGGAUGGAAAGUCCACUAGGGUCCAGGUAUGGGUCGGCUCAGCCUCUAACGAGAGUAGCAACCCCAUGCUACGAGACUAUCGAGAGCUGGCGUUGCAUUACAAAGUGCAUGAUCGUAUCGGACCGGCCUCCCCUGCACAAAUACGUGCGGGCGUCCCCUGUUCGGCACUCGUCUUUCACACAGCAUGGUGUAUGGCGAUCAUGCCCUGUCGGCAUAGGUCUGCCGCCAUAAGAGAGCCCACAAGGGUCGAGCUUGACACGAUGAAAGACGUGCUGUCUGAGCUAAAACAGUUUCGACUCCAAGGCAGGGCAAAAUACCUCAAGCUGCAAGGCGAGUCUGCCAGCGGAACCUGCCCGCCUGGUCCACCCCAUGGAUUCUGGCUUGGGAAGCUUGAGGUUUCGACUCACCAGAGGGCGGCGCUACGGAGCAAAACCGCAGACUAUUGGAGAUGA